CCUCCCCUUCGCCACCGCCUGCUUGUCAGACCAAGCCUCCUUCGCUUACUGUCCCCUCCCAGCGGGUCUCCCUCCCUUUCCCACUGCAGUGUAACCCUCGGUAAAGGGGAGAGAAGGAGAAGAGAGUCUGAAGCUGGGUGGAAAGCCAGGGCGAGACCAAAGAGAGUACCACAACAAUAUAUCUUUUUGUUAUUUCUCGCCACAACUCGGCGGCAUUACCGACUCCCCCUCCCCUGUUGUACUUCUUCUUCACUCACAUCGCCUGGAUUUCAUCAUUCGACCUGCAAGAUGGGAAAUGAAGCCAGUUUCCCCCUGGAGAUGUGCUCACAUUUCGAUGCUGAUGAGAUUAAGAGGCUAGGGAAAAGGUUUAAGAAACUCGACCUAGAUAACUCUGGCUCACUCAGCGUGGAGGAGUUCAUGUCGCUGCCGGAGCUGCAACAGAACCCGCUGGUGCAGAGGGUUAUCGACAUAUUCGACACAGACGGGAACGGAGAGGUGGACUUUAAAGAGUUCAUCGAGGGAGUCUCACAGUUCAGCGUCAAGGGAGACAAAGAACAGAAACUCCGGUUCGCUUUCAGGAUCUACGAUAUGGACAAGGACGGCUACAUUUCCAAUGGCGAGCUCUUCCAGGUGCUGAAGAUGAUGGUAGGCAACAACCUGAAGGACACACAGCUCCAGCAGAUUGUGGACAAAACCAUUAUUAACGCAGACAAGGACGGAGACGGAAGGAUAUCCUUUGAAGAGUUCUGUGCAGUAGUCGGGGGUCUUGAUAUACAUAAAAAGAUGGUGGUGGAUGUGUGAGCACUUUUUGGCUUGCUGCCCCCCCCCCCUCCUCCUCAACACUCGCUUUCUCCACCAUCUCUGAAGAUCUGCUCACGACGUCGGGAAAAAUGCUCUCUGUGUAACUCAAUGGACGUAUUCGCUCUCUUUCUCUCUCUCGCUGUAAAGCCACUUUUUCUUUUGAAAACCACAGGCCUAGUGAAGCCAACUUGAAAGUGUUAUUGAACUAUAAAUCCUCUCAAUAACCCGGUCGUAGCACUUUAAGAGACUGAAGGACAUCUAUUAGUCAUUCGCAGAGCAACUCUGACUUUGGAUGAGGGGGGAGAAAGUGGGUUGAGGGGGCGCAGUGAAGAGGCUUGUUAGCUUCUUCACAUUUCUUCUUUGUUUUUGUUAAUUGUUAUUUUUGAUAUUUAUUUUUUGUUCUUGUCUUUUAUAAAGAA